AUGUCGAUCGACACCAGCAGUGAAGACUUUCUGCUCCAGAUCCCACCCGAACUCCGCUUGAUCAUCUACGACUGCGCCGCCGACGACCACGGACCAGGAAUGUGGCCGACCUGUCUCAUGCUUGGUAACAUCAGACUCAGGACUGUCGACUUCAACUUCAUCGUGCACGCAGAGAAGAAGCAUGCCCACCUCGUCGGAGACAUCGAAGACGUUCUUGUUCAAUUAGGCCGUUGUCCAAACCUGGAGAAGUUGACGUUUUCGGUCAGCUUGAUUAAGUUUGCGGAGCAGAAACGGGCAGCCAUCAAGAGGAUCCUGGACCCGCAGAGGGUCGAGCGACACAAGCAGCAGACGCGAUGA